CACGGCUACGCGGUGACGUCAGGCGCCGACGCACCUGUCGGCCCUGCUUUAGCCGCUCCUGUCCGCUUCCCGGGGUCGCUGGGUCGGACGGGACGAUUCGGAACCGCAGCCCUUCCUGCGGUACCGUCAGCCUGUGGCCAGAGUUGGGCCGAGUGCCGAGGAGGGGUGCUGGCGGCCGGCCGCUCCAGUUUUUCCCCGAGUUGGAGCAUGGCUGCAGCUGUGGUCCCUCCAGAGGGAGAUAACCAGACAGCUAAAUGGAGUCUGAGCAGCUGUUCCAUAGAGGCUACUGUAGGAACAGCUACAACAGUAUAACCAGUGUGAGUAGUGAUGAGGAGCUUUUAGACGGGGCAGGUGUUAUUAUGGACUUCCAGACUUCUGAAGAUGACAAUUUGUUAGAUGGUGACACAGCAGUGGGAACUCACUACACAAUGACCAACGGGGGCAGCAUCAGCAGCUCCACACACUUGCUGGAUCUUCUGGACGAGCCCAUCCCUGGGGUUGGCACCUAUGAUGACUUCCACACCAUCGACUGGGUGCGAGAGAAGUGUAAAGACAGAGAAAGGCAUCGCCGGAUCAACAGCAAAAAGAAAGAAUCAGCAUGGGAGAUGACGAAAAGCCUGUACGAUGCGUGGUCAGGGUGGCUCGUGGUGACGCUGACAGGGUUGGCAUCAGGGGCACUGGCUGGGUUAAUAGACAUUGCGGCCGACUGGAUGACGGACCUGAAGGAGGGUAUCUGCCUGAGCGCGCUCUGGUACAACCACGAGCAGUGCUGCUGGGGGUCCAACGAAACCACGUUCGAAGAGAGGGACAAGUGUCCACAGUGGAAAACGUGGGCAGAGUUGAUCAUAGGCCAGGCCGAGGGUCCUGGCUCGUACAUCAUGAACUACAUGAUGUACAUCUUCUGGGCCUUGAGUUUCGCCUUUCUUGCCGUCUCGCUGGUGAAGGUGUUUGCGCCAUACGCCUGUGGCUCUGGGAUCCCAGAGAUUAAAACUAUUUUGAGUGGAUUCAUCAUCCGAGGCUACUUGGGAAAAUGGACUUUAAUGAUUAAAACCAUCACAUUAGUACUGGCUGUGGCAUCAGGCUUGAGUUUAGGAAAAGAAGGGCCCUUGGUCCAUGUUGCCUGUUGCUGUGGAAACAUCUUUUCCUACCUCUUUCCGAAGUACAGCACAAAUGAAGCUAAAAAAAGAGAGGUGCUGUCGGCUGCCUCCGCUGCAGGCGUCUCUGUGGCUUUCGGCGCGCCAAUCGGAGGAGUGCUGUUCAGUCUGGAAGAGGUCAGCUAUUACUUUCCUCUGAAGACUCUGUGGAGGUCGUUCUUUGCUGCUUUGGUGGCUGCCUUUGUUCUGAGAUCCAUCAAUCCGUUUGGUAACAGCCGCCUGGUCCUCUUCUACGUGGAGUAUCACACUCCAUGGUACCUGUUUGAACUGUUUCCCUUUAUCCUCCUGGGGGUGUUCGGCGGGCUCUGGGGAGCCUUCUUUAUCAGGGCCAACAUUGCCUGGUGUCGCCGCCGCAAGUCCACCAAGUUCGGGAAGUACCCGGUCCUCGAGGUCAUCGUGGUGGCGGCCAUCACCGCAGUGGUCGCCUUCCCCAACCCGUACACGCGGCUCAACACCAGCGAGCUGAUCAAAGAGCUGUUCACAGACUGCGGGCCCCUGGAGUCGUCCUCCCUGUGCGACUACAGGAGCGACAUGAAUGCCAGCAAGAUCGUGGACGACAUCCCCGACCGUCCCGCGGGCCUGGGGGUGUACUCUGCCAUAUGGCAGCUCUGCCUGGCUCUCAUAUUUAAGAUCAUAAUGACUGUGUUCACUUUUGGCAUCAAGGUCCCAUCUGGCCUGUUCAUCCCCAGCAUGGCCAUUGGCGCCAUCGCCGGCCGCAUCGUGGGCAUCGCGGUGGAGCAGCUGGCCUACUAUCACCACGACUGGUUCAUCUUUAAGGAGUGGUGUGAGGUCGGCGCUGACUGCAUCACCCCCGGCCUGUACGCCAUGGUCGGCGCGGCCGCAUGCCUAGGUGGUGUGACGAGGAUGACCGUGUCCCUGGUGGUUAUCGUCUUUGAGCUCACGGGAGGCCUGGAGUACAUCGUGCCCCUCAUGGCUGCCGUGAUGACCAGCAAAUGGGUGGGCGAUGCCUUCGGGAGGGAAGGCAUCUAUGAAGCCCACAUCCGGCUGAAUGGGUACCCCUUCCUGGAUGCCAAAGAAGAGUUCACCCACACCACCCUGGCUGCCGAUGUCAUGAGACCUCGGAGGAGCGACCCCCCGCUGGCCGUGCUGACCCAGGACAACAUGACGGUGGACGACAUAGAGAACAUGAUCAACGAGACCAGCUACAACGGCUUUCCCGUCAUCAUGUCCAGGGAGUCCCAGAGACUCGUGGGCUUUGCCCUCAGGAGAGACCUGACCAUCGCCAUAGAAAGUGCCCGGAAAAAGCAGGAGGGGAUUGUGGGCAGCUCGCGCGUGUGCUUUGCGCAGCACACCCCAUCCCUGCCGGCCGAGAGCCCCCGGCCACUGAAGCUCCGCAGCAUCCUGGACAUGAGCCCGUUCACGGUGACAGACCACACACCCAUGGAGAUCGUGGUGGACAUCUUCCGGAAGCUGGGCCUGCGCCAGUGCCUCGUCACACACAACGGGAGCCUCUUGGGGAUCAUCACCAAGAAGAACAUGGUAGCGCACCUGGAGGAGCUGACGCGGCACGCCGAGCCCCUGACGCCUCCUUGGUAUCAUCACAAAAAAAGACAUCCUCCGUCAUAUGGCCCAGACGGCAAACCAAGACCCCGCCUCCAUCAUGUUCAACUGAGCCCCGCGGCGGAGGAGGGGGAGGAGGACGGGGAGGAGGCCUGCCUGCUCAGCAGCAGCUCGCUCUGAUCCGGAGGCAGGACCGGCGGCGGCGGGCUCCUGCGGCGGGUUUGCCGAGGCUGCUGUGGUGGGGUGAGGGGCGGCAGAGGCGGCCGGGCCUCCCCGCCGUGCGAGCAGCGAGCAGCGAGCAGCGCGGGGCCGACCCAGCCGACCCAGCCGUGCGCUCAGCCCUGGAGGCGCCCCGACCCGACCCCGCCCUUUCUGGCCCUGCAGAGGGGCCAGCAGUCCCCGUGUCAGAAGGGGUCCCUCUGAAUUGAGCCAUCUCUAAGACUGCAAGGUCUUGCCCCCCCUCCCCGCCCUUUUUUUUAAUCAAAACUAUUGUGUUUAACUCCUGAACCGUACAGGUAAAGCAUUACCUUUCUACAUUCCGGACAAGCUUCUUCCUCUCCUCUCCCCUCCCCCGCGAGCUGUCACCAAGCCUCUGAGAGUGGUGUGCACGUGGGGAGCAGUCCUUUCUCAUAUUGAGAUGUGCGUGGUCGUACCGGGGUCUCGUCACACGGAGGGAGUGGGUGCUGUGUCCCCACACGAGGUGCUUGGGGCAAGCCCGGUACCACAACUGGGGCGAGGCGCCGCGGAAGCUCUGCGGGGGGAGGGGUUCAGCAUCCACCACAGGGGACUUGACUGGUAAGGAUGGACAGUUUUCUUCUUGCUUUUCUCACCCUCUCUGACUUGAUGGAUAAUGUGAACUGGUCUUAACGCAGAUUUUUCUGUUUCUAAAACUCCUAUAACACAAGUACCAUUGAGCGUAAGGAAAUGCUGCUGCUUUGAUAGUGACAAGAAGGAAGUGUUGUGUCGGGCUGCACCUGCUAUGAGUCGCAUGUUUAAACACUGGAAUCUUCUUUUUCUUGAAAUUAGAUCAGUCUGGUUUUUUUUCCCCUUUCCUUAAGGUAUUUUACUGCUGACACUGAAGAAAAAAUGUAAUUCAUAACUUGCACUAAAUGUAUAUUUCUUUCUUAAAAAUUUACCAUUCUUAUUUAUAUUUUUAUGGAUUAAAAUUUAUAAAAUACAGAUCAGUUAAUAUCACACUUAAAUACUUUUACCUUUUUAAUGUGAUUUUUAUAGACUAACUCAGACUUAGAAAUAUGGAGAUAUGAACAAAGUUUACAGUGGGAACGAGGGUCUAAGAUGUGGUGUGGUUGUUUCUUUGUGAUCACACGUGUACGGAAACCUUUUCUCAUCUCUCACUGCCAUCCUCUGGGUUGUGUUUCCGGCUUGUCCAUUUUGACUUAUUAACUGGAAGCUGAAACACUAUGUAUCGUUUCACAGAUUAAAAGUUAAAUAGUGUUAACCUUAAAAAAAAACAGAAAAUAGAAUGGCAGAGGUAGCAGUUAAAAUGUUGAUCUGAACAGAACUUGUGAAUCUUCAUGGAGGUCAUGUCCAGGUGUCCGGUGACAUUUUGAAUCCACGCUGCACUUUUUUGCACAGUGGGCUGGAAAUGUACUGGAUGUGUUUGGAAUUUGGGGUUUUGGAAAAUACCUGUCUUAAUCAUGGUCUCAAUUCACAUCAGCAAAGGCAGUUCACUUGAAGCACUGGCCUGAAAAUUCUGGAUUAUGCAUCUUGGGAGGCAAAAUGAAUUUUUAGAGACAGACAUUUUUCUGAAACACAUCUUGCAAUGAGCUGUUUUUAUAUUUUGGAAGUGAUUGUUCACCUCUUGAUUCUUAAUAAACCUGUAAGGUCUGGGAGGUCACAGAAGAUCUUUAUGAUGCUGAGGAUUUAUAAGAUCUCAAAGCCAUAUUAGAACGACCAUUGAGAGGUGAGCAGACGGAAGUUCCACGACACCUGAGCUUUGCUCUGCCUGCAGGUAGUGUUUUGUCCUGUUUCCCCCUUCCGGCCACCUCCGCACUUGCUUCCCAGCCUGUGCAGACGGCCCUUCCUGAACCACGGUCAGCUGGUCUCCUCUCAAGCUCUCGUCCAUGCGUUUGCCCGAGGCCCAGUGAGCGUGCGGGCUCUGUGGCCGCACCGCGUCCCACGUGGCGUCCCACGUGGCGUGUCUUGUCUCCUUCAUUUCUUUUCCGACUUUGCGUCCUGCUUCACACUGACGUCCUGGGCGGAUGCCGAUCCUCUCCUGUGUGUGUGCCCUUGCUGCUGAGAUGCAGGGGGCAGGCUGUGCCUCCAGCGCGCGCGUGGCUGUCUGUCACUGCAUUCCACUUUUCCUUUUGGUCUGUUGGGUGUGUCUGUGUCUCAGCCCAGCGAGGGGAGCUGGAGACCGCGCGGUGGGAGUGCCUGGCCCAGUGGAGCGCAGGCGGAGCCUCAUUGGAGUGCCUUUUCUGAGAAGGUAUGAUGAGGAUGGGCAGGGUGUCAGCAUCUCUUCUCCUUAAUAAUUGUGUUCAGUUCUGACUCACGAAUGCCUGGUUUGUUCAUCUGCGAUGUUGCCUAGAGCUGUAUUUAUCUGUUUAUUUAUACUAGUGUAGUAAAGCUGCAUAUCAUUACAGUACAAAUGGUGACUGUGAUGAGUCAAUCAGAAAACCUAUUAAAAUCUAUAUGACAACGUG